AGUCAGUGAAUCAGUGAUCACGAUUGGGGCUCUAGGUUUUUUUCAGUUUGUAGACAGGGUUGCGAUACCAGAAAGCAGCCAUGACUGACUAUGUGCAGGAGCAGGAAAUGGAAAUUGAAGCAUUACAAGCCAUACUUAUGGAUGAUUUCAAAGAAAUUGACCCUAGUGAGAGUGGGCUAAACACUUCCAAUCGAUGCUUUCAAAUCACAUUGUCUCCACAGGAGGAUGAGGCAGAUGAGGCAACCACCAUUCCAGUUCAGCUAGCUUUGAUUUUCUCUCACACAGAAAAAUAUCCAGAUGAACCGCCACAUCUGAAUUUGAAAAGUCUACGAGGAAUCCAAUAUGAAGAUCUACGGAAUUUGAAAGAAAAGCUUGAACAAGAGGCAUCUGAAAACCUUGGUAUGGCUAUGGUUUACACAUUGGUUACAUCAGCGCAGGAGUGGCUCUCUGAAAGAUUUGGUCAAGACGCCAAUGUUGAGAACUCCGAAGAAGAAGAAACAGAAAAAGAUGAUAUAAUUGUCCCCCAUGGGGAGCCAGUCACAGUUGAAACAUUUUUGGCAUGGAGAGAACGGUUUGAAGCAGAAUUGGCACUUGAGCGAGCCAAGCUAAUGCCCGAGUCUGCACUUACAGCUCCCAAGGAAAAGAAGCUCUCAGGCAGACAGUGGUUUGAAAGUGGAAGAGCUGUAGCGAAAGGUGCAGUGCCAGUUAAUGAAGAAUCUGAUGAGGAUGAUGAUGAAGACAUUGAUUUUGAUGACGAUGACUUUGAAGAUGAUGAAGAAGAUAUGCUUGAGCACUAUUUGGCUGAGAAGUCAGAUUCAUCCACUCAUUCUUCAAGGCGAGCCAAUUAAUCAAAAGAUUGUGCUGCAGUUUUGGACACAUUGGAUUUUAGUUAGGCUAAGUUGCUAUCUGGCAAGUUGGUUUGGUCUCCCAUCCACACUUAUUUGGCCUAUUUGGUAUACUUGAGGGGAAAAAGAAUGGAAACUUGGGUUUUUCAUUAUUACUGAUUAUGCUUUUCAUUCACUUCAGUUAAGUAGUGGGGAGAGAGUGAUUUAUAGAAGAAACAUCUUGGUUGUAAUUUGAGAACAUUGGAUUCGGUGUAGAGCAUUUUCUGUGAAGAACCUUAAGAUAUGUAAUGAAUUUCUUUGAUGAGGACAUUUCUUUGAA